CCUGAUAAGAUGGCUGCAUGCCAACCCUAGAGCAGCUCACACAGCAAGUACUUACCUGAUGUCAGCUGUGCUCAGCUCUCCCUUCUCCGAACCUCUUGGGGCAGGAUAAAGAAACAUUGAGAUGGUUUCCCUAGAGUGCAAUCUGAGAAAUAAUAACAGAACAAGAGAGAAAUUAAGAGGCACAGGUGGUUAAUCAAUGUGUUUAAGCAGUUCAGAUUUUCCCUUCCAAUAUGUAUAGCAGUGCAACGGACAACACUGUUAAGAUGUUUGCAGAAGAGAGGUGACAAUAGAUGGAAAGAUGAUCUGGUGGAAGAUACAGGAUGGAUAUCUCAAAUGACAAAAUCUAAUUAAUAAGGCAUCAUGACUGGAAGUUCCCAGCAGCAAUCCCUCUAUCAGCUCCUCUAUGGAGAACGAUACAUCUUUGAGGAAGUCCUGGGCUUGAAGUUUCGCAUCUCUCCAGAUGCCUUUUUCCAAAUCAACACAGCUGGGGCAGAAGUUCUGUACCAGAUAGUUGGGAAGUUAAGCCGGGAUGAUAAGAACACUGUCCUUCUUGAUGUCUGCUGUGGAACUGGUGCCAUUGGUCUCUGUCUGGCUUGCCAAGCACCUAAGGUUGUUGGUGUCGAGGUGGUGGAGCAGGCUGUAGAGGAUGCCAAAUGGAAUGCAACAUUCAAUGGGGUCUCAAACUGUGGGUAUCACAGUGGAAAGGCGGAGACGGUGUUGCUGCAGUUCCUGAUGUCACGAGAGGAUGACCGACUCCUUGUUGCAGGGGUGAACCCAUCCCGGGCUGGACUCCAUUAUCGUGUGGUGCAGGCCAUUCAAAACUGCGAGGCCAUCCGUACGUUGAUCUAUGUUUCCUGCAAGCCUGAAAGAGAAGCCAUGAGGAACUUCCUUGAGUUUUGCUGCCCACCAGACUCUGGGAAGAAGCUUGUGAGAGAGCCAUCUGCCCCUCUAUUGGCUGUCCCAGUUGACAUGUUUCCCCAAACCAUGCACUGUGAGCUGGUGAUCCUCUUCACCCGCUGAGGGGCCGUCCUAGUUUGUGUUUUCCUACAAAACAGGACUUCAUACCUUUUAAAAGUUGAGGGUGAGGAAGAACUACAAAUGUUCAGAAAGCUGGAAUGGU